CUGUCCAAUCCUAGUGACUAGCCACAAGGCUCAGGAGGGUGGGUCUGGAGAGGAAGCUCCAGUGGAAGUUGUUGGCCUGAACAGAAGUGCUGUGGUAUGGUGCUCUGCUGACACAUUCUCAUUGUUGACAUGUUUCAGGUGCGGUCAGGAUGGAAACUUGCUACAAUGCUCUGCAGAUCUUCUUCUUUGUGGCACGUGGGAUCACCUGCGUCCUCGGCAUCGUGGGAAAUGGGCUUGUGAUCUGGGUGGCUGGCUUCCGGAUGGCAUGCACAGUCACCACUUUGUGUUACCUGAACCUGGCCAUCGCCGACUUCCUCUUCAGCGCCACUCUGCCAUUCUUCAUGGCUUUAAAUUAUACGCAGGGACAAUGGCCUUAUGGUUUGUUCCUAUGCAAGUUAUUGAACAUUGUGAUAGACACAAACCUGUUUGCCAGUGUUUUCCUCAUUGCUUUCAUUGCUCUGGACCGCUGUAUUUGUGUCUUGCAUCCGGUCUGGGCCCAGAACCACCGCACUCUAAGUCUGGCUAAAAAAGUGAUCAUUGUACCCUGGAUUCUUGCUCUACUCCUCAACUUGCCAGUUCUCAUCUUCUUUACUACAUUCAAAAAUGAUAACGGGGAUAUAUUCUGUGAAUUCAACAUGGACUUCUGGGAUGACAUUGGUCAAGAAGAGAUGUUGCAGAGGAGCUUUACUUCAAUAGCAAUCAUAGGGAUCAACCGGUUUGUCAUUGGCUUCACUCUACCGAUGUCCAUCAUCGCCAUCUGCUAUGGGCUCAUUGCAGCCAAAAUGCGAAACAAGGGCAUGAUAAAGUCCCAUCGUCCCUUACGAGUCCUCACAGUUGUCGGAGCCUCCUUUUUCAUUUGCUGGUUCCCCUUCCAACUGUGUCUUCUUCUGAAUACACUCUAUGUCAGAGCAGUAUUUGAAGGAAAUUACGACAUCAUUCUUGACCUGGUACCUAUAACAGGCACCUUGGCUUUUUUCAACAGCUGCCUCAACCCAAUGCUCUACGUCUUCCUGGGGAGAGACUUCCGAAAGAGAAUGAUCCACUCCCUUCCCGCCAGUCUGCAGAGGGCCCUGACUGAGGACUCAGACCCAACCAGUCACACAACAAACAAAUCUGCUUCUUCUCCUACUGAGGCCGAAUUACAGGAGAUGUGAGGUGACUGGGAUCAUUGAUGAGUUCUGCCUGCUCCUGUACUGCUCCCUCUUUCAGCUUCAUCUUACCUGAGAUCACACUGAGUGUUAGGUUAAAUUUCCCUGCCCAAGAGACUGUAGAAAGGGACUGAGAGCCCCAUUAUUACUCUCAGAGUUUACUAAGGGAACAUACACACAAGGCUCAGCUUGGGAGGCAGUUGAUGAAUGAAUACCAAAACCAUAUGUGUAAAAUAGUGUCUGACAUGUGACAGACAUCCAAGAAUGAGUUAUAUAAGUAAUCACUCAAUAAGAGCAUCAUCCAAGUAUCAACUGAAGACGUUUAAUGUAAAAUUAAAUGAACUCUGAAUUCAUCUGAAUGGGGGCCUGCUUACUGAACUCUCUCUGCCAGUCCCAAAAUUUUUACAAAUCCCCAAGUGCCUUAUCUUUUUAUGAACACCUCAGAUUUUGACUUUCUGUUUCUAAUGAAGUAUUCUGGCUAACUGGUGACCGGUGUCUUUCCUUUGAAAUAAA